AUGGACUUGCUGACCACCCUCCCCGAUUUCCCCGUUGAGCCGUAUGCCCAUAUUCUCUCGAACCUAGAAAAUGCCGGGCUUUCCGUCAAGGCUCUGCUGCUUCUGGAUGCCCUCGAAGUCGCGAAGCGAACCGGCAUACCUGUUGCUGAGGUGCGAAGACUCACCAGCAAUAUCCUUCAUGAGCUCCAUCACGACGUAGGCCUGGCCCAGACGACGCGAGCUCGCCAUGAAAAAACAGCCAGCGGACAGAAAGAUGUGAGUGUCAAGAGCAGCCUGGAACCUUGCAGAACGCAUCGACCCCCAUCCCUGUCCUUCAUUAGCACCUUAGACCCCACGCUGGAUGAUCUGUUGGCGGGUGGAAUAUCAACUGGCUAUCUUACAGAAAUAGCAGGCGAAAGUAGUAGUGGGAAGACGCAGGUACUGCUGCAGCUUCUCCUUGCAGUGCAACUACCACCACCGCAUGGCCUCGGGAGGACCGCUCUAUAUGUCUCGACAGAGGCAGACCUAGCGACCAAUAGAUUAUCCCAGCUCCUGGAUGAACACCCCCAUUUCUCAUCGCUUCGUACGGAUACUCAACGGCCUUCUCUGGAUAAUGUUUUUGGAAUCACCCUUUCCGAUCUUGAGACGCAGGAUCACAUUCUUCACUAUCACAUUCCAGAAGCAAUAGUGAGGUACAACGUUGGUCUUGUGGUAAUUGAUUCCGUCACGGCGAAUUACCGCGUAGAGAGCUCUACAACUACUGUGAAUGGCUUGCUUGAACGUGCCCAAGAGCUGAAAAAGCUUGGCCACCUGCUACGGAACCUAGCUGUCAAGCAUAACAUCGCAAUAGUUGUGGCAAACCAGAUAUCUGACAGACUAAGCCAACUAGACCAGUCCCUAUGGGCCGAAGGACAUGAUUAUUCAAGUCCUCGUCCUACUGGCCCGCCCUCGUCUCAGCUCCUCGAUCCCUCCCAACUGGCCCAUUCUUCUUUGGGUCGCCAAUCAGGUACUCCUCGCGCUGGUUCGCCUCUACUGCGAGACCAGAGAGAAAAUGUUGUUUUACCAGAGCCGCUCAAACAUCCAGCUGAUACCGGGACAUCAUUGCAUAACAGAAUUCCACGGUUCCAACUCCGUGAUAUGAGUACAGUGCUCACUUUCACAUACCAGCAGUCAUUCUACACUGGCUGGGGCGAUCCCUACGACUACUCGUCAUGGAAAACACCAGCACUUGGGCAUGUUUGGGCGAACCAGUUGGGGUGUCGUAUUGUGCUGAAGCUACGCAAUUUUCCUAGCAUUUCAAACCCGGGUCUUCCCCUCAAGUUGAAUAUAGGCCCAAGUGCCCCGGCUUCAGGUAAGCAUCAAUCGGAAGAGGGGAUAAAACAAUUAGAAAAGCCCGGGGACAACGAGGACUCUUCAAUGCCCGCAAGUAGCCUGAACUACCACCAUGGCAAACACCAACCUUCAACACAAGAAAAUCACUCAGAGAAACAAGAAGAUAUCGACUUCAAACGUGCCGCUUUCUCUGGUCACGAAAACGGCAAUCAAUCCGGCAAAUCUGAGUCUACAGCCAAAUAUGAGCUCUUUCCUCUACCUCGCUCGGGCAGACAACGAACAAUGCAGGUAAUAUUCUGUCCUUGGGCACCUGGUCAGCUUACCCCACAGUCGAAGAACGGUCAAAGUAGACCAACAGCAGAAGCACGAAGAGGUGUAUAUUUCACCCAACAAACAGAUGGUGUGAAUUUUGAAAUCCUACCUAGUGGAAUCCGCGGUAUACCGCUAUUCCGCGAUGCCGAGGAAAAACGGGUGAGUGACACUGCGGAGCCGAACCGAGUGAUCUAG